AUGCCCGAUGCGUCGCUGUUUGCAGUUGUACGCAGUGGUAUCUUCGACGCAUGCAAAGGUUCUGCGUAUAUUGAGAUGGGAUCGACGAAGGUCGUUUGUACAAUUGACGGACCAAAAGAACCGACGAAAAAUUUGGAUUUCGAUUGCGGUGAAGGUAUUGUUAACGUUCAAGUAGUAGGUGCCGUUGAGGGUUCAAGUCAUACGAUUGAGUCGGCAUUGAAAGCGCUUAUCGCACUCGAGCAACUUUCUAAGAUGCAAGUCGACGUCGAAGUGACAGUUCUGGAUGAUGACGGCGGUGUACUGGCGGCUAUCUUAAUGUGUUCUUCACUGGCUCUGUGCAAUGCCGGCAUUCAGACGCUCGAUAUGUGUGUGGCGGCCUAUGUGAUAAUAACGGAAAAUGGUGAACUGAAACUGGAUGCAUCGAAAUCAUCGGACUGUCACUGUGCUGCAUCUGUAACGCUAGCCCUGAUGCCGUCUCUGAAACAAGUGAUUUGUUGUGAACAAACUGGAACAGCCAAACUGAAACAGUUCAAAGAAGCCACGCAACUGGCCGCUAAAAGUGCUUUAUAUUUAUGGCCAGUCCUCAAAAAUGCAAUCAAGUGA